UCCAGGUCAUUUGAGGCUUCUUCUCGAUGACGACGCAGUGUCACUGUGUGUAAACCAUGGUGUAAACAUAAGUCACUUAUAAAAUAUAUAUGAAGAAUUGUUUUUUUAUUGAAACAAUAUGGUACAACAGAGAUGCAUAUCUAUCCUGGAAAUGAUGUUUUUUAAAACACGAACAAUUCUUUUAUUUUGAAGCUGGGGAAAGUCCACCGGAAGUCAUAUUAUUUUGACUGGCUUCACAGUUCUCUGGCUGCAACCGUCUGCGAAUGGAUAGAGGACUGUAACAACUUGGAAAUUUGCCUUGUCGUCUAAAAUGUUGGGCUACAUUUGGCAGUACUUGUUCAGUUCGUUCCUGAGGUUCUGGUUUAAGUGGUUCCUCAGACACGUCACAGGGAAGUGUGAGCUGCAGAGGAUAUGCAGUGGAUACAAGCAGGGAGCGCCCAGGACAUCACGGGCAGAAUACUCUCUGGAAUCCUCAAAGAGUACGGUAUUAAGAGCAGCUGUUAGUGUGGAAGAAGACCAAGUGGAGGAGUGUGCCAUGGCUAUAAUGAAAGAAAAAAAGGUGAUAUCACAGAAGGACCCAGAGUUUAAAAUGAGUCUGCAGGUUUGCUUGUGGCAAAUAUCUGGAUAUAAGAGGCUGUAUGCAUCUGUGGAGGAUCUGAGGAAACAGUCGUUUGACUGUGAAAAUAACAGCCACGAGAACAUGCUACUGAGGCUGUGGGACCUGCUGAUGCCCUCAGAGAAGCUGGAAUCCAGAAUUACCAAGCAGUGGGGCGAUAUCGGUUUCCAAGGCGAUGACCCCAAGACCGAUUUUCGAGGAAUGGGGAUGCUGGGGUUAAGCAACCUUAUUUUCUUUAGUGAGAAGUACACUGAAAUGGCCCGACAGGUGCUGUCACAUUCAGUUCAUCCCAAACUGGGGUACUCUUAUGCGAUAGUGGGGAUUAACCUGACGGAGAUGGCGUACAGCUUGCUGAGGAGCGGUGCACUCAAACCUCACUUCUACAACACGGUGUCCCAGAGCCUGAAGCUGGAGCACUUCCACCAGCUCUACUGUUAUUUUGCGUACGAGUUUGAUAAGUUUUGGAUUGAAGAAAAGCCGGAAAGCAUCAUGGAGUUCAACCGCUACAGGGAAAAGUUUCAUGAAAAAAUGAAGGCUCUCUUACAGGAACCAGACGUGUCCCUUUGUUUGACAGUCGAUUCUAAACUGUAACAGGGAAAUGUUAUUGGGACCAAAACCUUUUUGUUUGCAGGGACAGCAUUUUGCGUAAUAAAAUAGGAGCAUAGAAAUCCCCUUCCUUUUAAAUUAAAACCCCACUUUUUUACUGUAACAUUUAUAAAGGUUUAGAUGUACAAAAUUAGAAAAUAUUAAUAUUCAGCCAUAAAAGGCCAUCAUUCCAGGUCUCCCAUGACCACUGUGGUAAAUGUGUUGACUUAGUGUUUCCCUUUGAAUGGUAUGGGACAAAUUUGCAGUCAUGGACCAAAGAAGUUAAAGGGCAAUUCUUGAAACAGGGCCCAGCAUUUUCAACCAGGUUUGACUGUAAUCGAGUCCUCCAGACAUUAGAUGGCAGUACAGCUCCCCCCCUCCAUUAAAUCAGCUGUUGAGCAGUUGUUCAAACAAUAUAAUUGCAUUCCCUAAAUCUUUGUGAUAAUUUAAUAAUUUAAUGAGUACUAAUUCAGAAAAGUGUAAAAUCAUUGUAGUGAUUACUGACGUUCAUUUUUUUCCCCAGUAUUACUGUGUGAUACAUUAAAAUUAACCAAAAACCAAAUCA